AUGGCAGCAGGAACCAUAAAACUUACACCAUCGGUACGUUUUGCCAAAUUCAUGAAAGUUAUUGAGCUAUUUGCCAAGUUGGUUGGGGCAAAUGUUCUCGAUCCAAAUUUUCGGCUAAAUUUAAUGACCGCAUUUAUUUAUGGCAUGUUUAUAGCCUUUUUCUCAUUUAAUUUCUAUACGAUGUAUUUGGGUGUGGUCAUCGAUCACAAUUACACCAUUAUUCUGCAGUGUUUGUGUAUUAUCACAGUUGGAAUACAGGGAGCUACCAAACAUUUGAAUGCACUUUUCAAUGCCAAACUAAUUCGUUUCAUUUGUUCGGAACUGCAAACCAUGUACGAGGAAUACGAAUGUAAAAAUUCAAUCUAUGUUGGCCAUUUGAACAACACUCUGGUCUUGGUAAAACGUACGAUUUAUGUCCUGUUCCAAGUGAACUUCAUGUUGACUGUCAGCGCCUUUGCCAUACCGUUGUUCUACUUUAUAGUGCGUCAUGAAGAGAUCGAUAUUAUACCAUUGAUGGUACCGGGUGUUGAUCCGAAAACGGCUAGCGGUAAUACUAUCUACCGAAUAUUUCACAUUGCUUGUAUCUGCUUUUCCUCGUUUGGUAAUUACGCCUAUGACACGUUUGUGAUUCUAAUCAUUGUCCAUAUACCGCUGAUGAAAAAUAUUCUCAAAUUGAAGUUUGAUGAGUUGGAUGAGAUAUUGGAAUUACAUCCUGGAAAUCGAAAGAAGACGGAGCCACUGCUAAAGGACAUAUUCCAGUGGCAUCAAAAAUAUAUUUUAAUAACCGAAGCUAUACAACAACUUUUCUUCUGGAUAAUUUUUGUUCAAGUUUCUACCGCAACGUUGGGCAUUAUUGCUACCAUUGUUUGCCAGUUUUUGGGGAACGACGACCUAACAAACAUUAUUUACGAUUGCAAAUGGUAUGAACUCACAGCACCGGAACAGAAAAUGAUACUCAUCAUGUUGAGGGUGUCGCAGAACCCACCGACAAUGACAAUUGGUAAUAUGAUGCCGCUGAGCAUGAAUACGGCCCUGCAAUUGACCAAAUCGAUUUACACAAUUGCUAUGCUCUUACACGAAUUUGUACAGUAA